CCAUUUUAUCUCAUAGUAUUCUAUUUCAAAAAGAAAUUACCUAAAUUCUUGUUCAAAAUGAAUCGAGGCAAUGCUGAGUGUCGUGUUUAUGUAGGGAAUCUUCCAAAUGACGUUAAAGCAAAAGAAUUGGAUGAUUUAUUUUAUAAAUAUGGCACAAUUAAGGACAUAAGUUUAAAGAAAGAUACACGUGGUGGUCAACCAUUUGCUUUUAUUGAGUUUGAAGAUCCGAGAGAUGCCCAAGAUGCAAUCAGGGGUCGUGAUGGCUAUGAUCUUGAUGGUAAUCAGUUAAGGGUUGAAUUACCACGUUCAGCUGGGGGUGGUGGUGGCUUCAGAGGAGGUCGUGGUCAAAGUCGCUUUGGUGGGGGAGGUGGACGCGGCCGUGGUGGAAGACCUUUUAUCCCCCGUGGUAAUGGUUUUCGUGUUUUAGUGAAGAAUCUUCCUCCAACUGGAAGCUGGCAAGAUUUGAAAGAUCAUAUGAGGGAAGCUGGGGAUGUCAUGUUUACUGAUGUUUUCAGUGAUUGUACUGGAGUUGUUGAGUUUGCGCGACAUGAAGAUAUGAAGAGAGCUGUCAGGAUAUUGAAUGAUACCAAAUUUCGUUCCCACCAGAAUGAAACAUCAUAUGUGACUGUUGAGGAAGAUGAAACAGCAAGACCUGGUAGAUAUAGCAGAUCAAGAAGUCCAAGACGUUCACGAAGUCGAUCAUUUUCACCAAGAAGAUAUUCAAGAUCGCCAAGGCGAUCUUAUUCAAGAAGCCGCUCACGGUCUAGAUCUUAAAUCAUUGAUGCAAAAAGUUUUCAGCACUUGU